AUGACUGGUCCAAGGAAGCGGCCGUACUCAAACAUAGACUUUACGUUGAGAAAGGUCUUCAAGAAAGCUGCAUUCAGACCACCACAGCGUGAAGUCGUUCUGGCCACAUUAGAAGGUCAAGAUGUCUUCGUCCAGGCAGCGACUUCAUUCGGAAAGAGCCUGUGCUACCAACUUCCAGCAGUUGUGGACUUUGGCAUUACCAUUGUCAUAUCUCCACUUCUAGCACUCAUGAACAACCAAGUCGCUUCUUUGCGCAACGCCAAUAUCCGCGUCGAAACAAUCAACAGCACGACACCCCCUGAGGACAGAAAAAGAAUCCUGACAGACCUCCAAUGCGGCCACCCACUCACUCGGCUACUCUAUGUCACUCCGGAAUUCUGUCAAGGUGAUCACUUCCGUAAAAUUCUGCGAGUCAUCCAUUCCCAGCGCGAACUGGCCCGCAUCGCCGUCGAUGAAGCCCACUGUGUCAGCGAAUGGGGUCACGACUUUCGUCCAUCUUUCCAGCAACUUUCUUUCUUCAAGACAGAAUUUCCUGAUGUUCCAGUGAUUUGUUUGACUGCCACAGCCACAGCACGCGUAAGAGACGAUAUCAUCAAUACGUUAGCACUGGACCCAAAGAAACUAGCCAUGUUCCGCAUGAGCAGCAGCCGGCCAAACCUGCACUACGAAGUACGCUUCAAAUCCGACGAAGAAGACCAUUAUGACGACUUUCUUUCCAUGCUCAAAGGGAUAUACGCUCGACGUGCUGAGAGACCCGAGCGCGUUACUCAACUUGCCUCACAAAACCAGCGCACAGACAACGUCCCAGGCAUCAUCUACACACUAUUCCGCAAAGAUUGCGAGUCCCUCGCCGAACGCCUCCGUUCUGACGGCAUCGGUGCGAAACCGUACCACGCUGGUCUCUCCGUCUCUGAACGCGCAGACGCCCUAUCAGGCUGGAUCGCUAACAAGCUCGGCUACGACAUCAUUGUCGCUACCACCGCAUUCGGCAUGGGAAUCGACAAGGAAAAUGUCCGCUUCGUAGUCCACUGGCAGAUCCCAAAGUCAUUUGAAGGCUUUUACCAAGAAGCUGGCCGAGCAGGUCGCGACGGUAAGGCCUCGCUUUGUAUCUUGUACUACGGCCGCGAAGACCGCGAUCGCGCUGCCAACAUGAUGGCGCGAGAUAUGGCACGCCAACCCUCAAAAAGCGGCGGGCCAGAUUCCCAGCAGCAACAACUUAUGAAUCGUGCAAGGAGCUUGCAAGCGCUCGUGGGGUACUGCGAGGCUACAGAUAAAUGUCGCCAUAAGAUUAUUGCAAAGUAUUUUGCCGACGAGGCGCCUGCGCCGUGUGAUUUUGCGUGCGACUGGUGCAAGGAUGCUGAGGCGCUAGUUAGAAGGAAGGAGAGGGGGCUGGCGAGUGAGGAGUGGUGUAGUACGCAGAGGGCUGAGGGGAGGUAUGAUGUCGAUGAGUAUGAGUAA